UUUUGCUCCACCUGGUGUGUAAAAAAUUUUACACCCUAUGAUGUAUAGUUAUGUUUCUGAUGAUGGAUUCCAAGCACAUUGCAGUUUGUUUAAUUCUAAUCUCACUUCCUAGUGUUAUAGGAACAUUGUUCAGUUUUGGAAACUCUGGUGCACAGAAAUGCUCAGUAUUCACAGACAAGUUUGGAUAUGUACCUGGGGAAUCAUUAACCUACAACUACAAGACAGAAACAACAACCAAAGUGAACGGCUUUUCCAAGGACGAUGUGAAAAUAUUUUUUGAGUCAAAGGUCACUAUAACAGCAUUGUCAAAAUGUGAAUUUGUAAUGUCUAUGUCAGAGAUAGCUCUAAACUAUAAAGAAAAUCUAUUAGAAGAAGGGAACAUUGAUGAAACACUCUUCCAGCAACCUGUGCACUUCUCUUUCCACAAUGAAGAAAUCAAGACAUUAUGGGAACCAGAUCCAGACCCUAAAUCUCACCCUAAUCCUUUGGACAUGGAACAGGUGAUGAACAUCAAGAAAGGAGUGCUGUCCCUGUUUCAAAAUUCCUUGGACUCCUUUCAUCGGUCUAAAAGUCUAAUUGAGACAGAUGUCUUAGGCAAGUGCCUUACCCACUAUGAAGUGGAUCCCUUUAGCGACAGUUUCUCCUAUUUAGUUACUAAGAAGAAAGACCUGGACAAUUGUGAAGAACGUCAACAUUACAUAAACACAGUCCACUCAGUCAACUAUGGUGAUGAUACAGUAGAUACACAGCCUUCCUUAACAAAGAUCAGCUACCUGUGCAAGCAGUCCUUCAGCAAGAAAUCAAAUACACUCACCUCUGCAACUUGCUCUGAGAGACAUGUAUUUGGUCCUUUCUCCCAUGAUGUAAAUGGGGCCUACAGCAGUCAAGUACAAACAUUGCAGUAUAUGUUUACACAUAAAACUGAUAUAGCAAGAUUUCCAGAUAGAAGUACCACAGUGACAGAUCUUCUCUUCCGGUAUCACACUGGGCAUUCGAACAUUGAUAACAAAGACAUAAGAAACAUCCUUAGCAUAAUGCAGAUGCUGUGUUUGAAAUACAGUGACGAUGUCCGUCCAGAAUUUCCUGAAAUUCUUGAGGGACUGGUGUCUGCAAUGCGUCAAGUAGAUGCCUCAGGUCUGAUGAACACUCAUGAAAUAAUUAGCAAUCAGGAUUUCUGUCAAGCGAAGACAAACCAUGUUAGACAGUAUUUUCUUGAUGCCGUUCCAAUGGUGCAGACACUGGAAUCAGUGAAAUUUAUCGUCCAGAUGAUCUACAGUCAACAGAUAGGAGAGACUGAUGCAAUGUUGUGGUUAACAGCCAUUUCAUUAAUUUUUCAACCCUCCAAAGAAAUGGUAGCUGCAUGUAAACCUCUACUCCACAUGAAAGAUGUUCCACAGAACAUGGCCCUGGCAUUGUCCUCUUUGAUAUGGAAUUACUGCCGCACUAUAGGUGACGCUUGCCAGCAAGACCCCACGGUCGGUACCUUUCUACAGCAACAGGGAGCUUUGAUUGUUGGUGAUGGUGAUGGUGCUGAUACUGCCUGCACUUAUCACCCCGGAGAGAAGACAACAGAUGUGCUUAUGGCAUUGAGGGCAAUUGGAAACCUCGGGUACUUCCAAAAGAUUUUGGCUCAUGUUGCAAGAUGCUUCACAAGGAGAGACAACCCAUCUGAAAUUCGAGUGGCAGCCAUAGAAUCAAUGCGUCGUACACGCUGUGGGACAACAAUUCCUGGUCUGAAUGAGGUAUUCUUUGAUGACACUGAAGAUUCUGAGCUUCGUAUUCAAGCCUACAUCAUCAUGAUGAGGUGUCCAUCUCACAAAUUUCUACUGGCAGUACACAAUAUACUACUGAAAGAGAAAUCAAACCAAGUAGGAUCCUAUAUUUGGUCUCAUCUGAACAACUUGGCUGAAACAGCUGGUCCUUACUUACAAGAAAUCCGUACAAUUCUUGAAGACGUCAUGCUGAAGAAAGAAUUUGACCUCGAUGGCAGAAAAUUCUCACACUACUAUGAGAAAUCUCUCUACUCUACAACCCUUGACGUUGGAGCCAAGUUGGACAGUAAUGUAAUCUUUUCCUCCAAGUCCUUUAUUCCUCGGUCAACCAAUCUGAACCUCACUAUGCACCUCUUUGGUCGAGCUGUUAACUUCCUUGAGGUUGGCGGACGUGCACAAGCAGUGGACCAAAUAUUAGAGAAUUUCUUUGGUCCUAUGGGAUUUUUUAGUGACCCCUUGACAUCAAGCACCAAAACAAUCAAACUUUCUGAAGGCAAGAAGAACAUGAAAAGUAAACCUACUGACAGAGAAAAAUUCUUGGUAUCAUUCUACAUUCGCGUUUUCGGUAACGAAAUUCACUACUCAGAUGACUUCUCUUUCGACAAAGCUUCAAAAUUACUCGAAUAUCUCCUCACACCUGAGCAUUUCAAGGUCACGCGAAGCUUUUCUUUACUCGACACAGAAACAGUUUUGCCAACAUGCAGCGGUCUUCCUUUACAUCUCAAAAUUACUUCAACUGGAAGCUUGGAUUGCAUGGAUCGAAAUUCUUGCAGCUUCCUUCAUUUUCAGCAGCCUUUUCUUUACUCGACACAGAAACAGUUUUGCCAACAUGCAGUGGUCUUCCUUUACAUCUCAAAAUUACUUCAACUGGAAGCUUUGGAUUGCAUGGAUCGAAAUUCUUGCAGCUUCCUUCAUUUUCAAGCAGCGUUAAAACCAAGUGUCUCCCUACGUACGACAGGACAAAUGUUUGUCAAGGCCUUUAAAUUCAGAGCAGGGGUUCAAAUCACUGGCACGGCACACUCAAGUGUUGGGGCCAGAGUAGCGAUGAGCAAUGAAGAACUGACUAUUGACCUAACCAAGAAGAAGAUGGAAAUCUUCAACUUCAGAUCUGACAUGUACCUAAUUCAUGGGGCUAGAACCAAAUUGCUUACAGCUGAUAUGGAGAUUGAUGACAAUAAUAUUAAUUCUAAGAAGAAGAAUAAGAUCUGUAGCAGUGAGCAAGUAUUGGCUAUGACGGGUCUAAGGCUGUGCCAGGAGGUAAACAUACCCAGUGUAUUCCUGUUGAGGCGAGGUCCCUUUAUUCCUCUUACCGGUCCACUGGUCUAUGACCUUCAUCUAAUCAAGGAAGAUAUGCCAGAAGGUGUUCUAAUUACAAUAAUACCAUUUGAUAACAGCAAUAUAUUGACUGUGGACACACCGGAAUCCAAGCAGCAGAGGACAGUCUUUAUUAUGGCCACCACCAAGGAAGAAUACCUGACAGUCGAUGUUGUGUCACCAUGGCGAGAUGUCAACAUGAAAGUUGUUCCAAUUAAAAAUGAGAAAUAUGAGAAAGUUGGUGUCAGAAUUUUACUGAACGAUGAUAAUAAGUUGUACACGGCCAGUGUUUGGACAAAGACUCAACAAUGGGUGAAUGGAUCUCUCUCGAUGACCCAACUCGAUGUUACAAGACCAGAUCACACAUGGAGUGUGAAGACUGUCAUAACUCAAAUCCCUGGUAAAAAAGUACAGGUUGAUGUAUCAUCAGAAGGAUUUAAAACCAGAAACAUGGUCCUCACAUUAUCCAAAAGCAUUGUCAUUGAUGCAAUAUCAAUAAUGGGGACACUAAAAAUUGGCCCAGACACAUACACACUGCAAGGUGGACUUGACCAGCCAUGGAAGAAGACAGGGUUCAAGCACGUUUCGUAUCUCAAGGUCACAGAUCCUCAAAAAACUGUCCUUGAUUUCUCUGCAGGAAUUAGCAAUGAACCUGGCAAAAGAUUUCUUGUUGAUGUGAAGCUUGACAAAGUUUAUUCCAAACUAGUUUCCUUUUAUGGACUAAUAACCUUCAAUGCAGUCGCUAAACAAAGCAAAAACCUCUUGAGAAUUUCCGUGAAAUCUCCUCUUGGAAUUCUUCGACUUAAUGGUGACUACCAAAUCCAAAACCUGGAAACACACAACCAAAUGAUAUUCUAUUACAAUUUUGGCCCAGAGUAUAUUGACCGCCUGAAAAUUGUUAUUGACACCAAGAAGAAGGCUUUGAGAAAUUCUUCAUUUUAUUUUGGGAGACUACAGUUUUCCAGUAAGAAAAAGGCUGAACUUGCACUCACAACUCAAGGGCAACUCAUUAUCAGUUCGAGUGAUGGUUGGCAGAUUGAAGCUAAGACAAAGUAUGGUGUUCCGAAAGACAAUCAUUUCAUCAACUUCCAAUCCUUGUACAAUUCUACAGCAACAAAUUCUACAAGAACCAUGAGAUAUAGUGUCUCACUUCACACUGCUAGUAAGCAGCUUGAAUUUACAGCUGAUACCAGCUAUAUCUCCGGUUCCUUCAGUUUUUCAAGAAAAUUCCGAAAUAGUUUAACUGUUACAACUGCACAAGGAAAUGCUCUGAAUACCUCUCUGAGUUUUGCUGAUGAAGAAACAAAGCACUUUCGAUCUUUAGCUUUUGCCGUUCAGUUUUCCACUCGUAAUCAUGAAAUUUUAUUCUCAGAAGAAUUCACUCAACAGAAGAGAAUCCCAACAAAGCUGACAAACCAUUUACAAGUUCAGUGGCAGAAGGGUCAAAGACUGACCCUUUACACAACCUUUCAGAACUACAGCGGCAUUGUUUACCGAUUGAGUAAUAAAAUUCAUACUUUUAGUGGACGAACAGCAAACUUUAGCUCAACAUUCUUGAACACAAAGGAUCACUACAAAGCCACACUGCAGCUAAAUGCAGAUAGGGGCCUGUUUUUGAAGAAGAAAAUCAGUUACUUUGUUGAGUCGUCUUUGAGCUACAAAACCAACCCUGAAGGCCCUUCAUGGGAACUGGUUUUGAACCAGACAGAGAGCACAAACCAGAAUUUGCUUUUUGUUGCUGUUUUCAGCGUAGGCAAACAAAACAAGCAAUCAUUUCAGUUGAUUUUUCGUAACUCAACUGAUCCCUACGACAAGACAAACUUUGAUAUUAGCGGAAAGCACUUUUGGUUGAAUGGGAAGUACCAUUCUAUAUGGUCGUUCAGUUCAACUUUUCGGAGGAUGGAGCAAAAUCUAACCUUUGACCCUGAUGGCAUUGAACUGAUGUAUGCAGCCAGUUCAAAUUUGGUAUUAUACAAAAAUGGUUUAUCCAGUUUCGUUUUAAACUUUACCUCACCAAAAACACCGAAGAAUACUGUCAGCAAGCUAACGGCAGAACUCCAUGGAGUUCACACAGCAGAUGUUUCGAUGCAAUUCAGCAAAACUGACAAUGGAUACGACUCCAAAGGGAAACUUAACUUUAAUGUGCUGGACUCAAAAGGACAUGCCCGCGUUGAUCUUUCUUACAGUGACUUCAAUCGGCUCACUUCCAGUGGAAUAUUUUAUUGGCAUCCCCCAAUACACAAAACAAAUAUCAUGAAUCAUGCUCUCUUGGCAACACUCAUGAGGAAUAGUUCAUACAAAAUAGUUUAUAAUAAAAAAGACGGGAUUCAAACAGGUUCAAGUUAUGUGGAAAUAUCUGGUGUCAAACCCGUCAUAAUUAAAACAAGCUUAUAUUUAACAGACGCAAAGGAUAUUGCAAAUAUAUCUCUAAGAGCAGAGAACGGAAAUAAUCCAUAUUUGAGUGAAGUUGCUUUAAAUUUUUACUAUAAGAUCAAUGAUAGGUCUUUAACAUCAAUGGGGUUCUUGAAAAUUCUACCAUACUUUAACACCUCACAUCUUGAAAUCAGUUUGGUGAAGGGACGUGUAAGUGAAGCUAUCAUUAAACUGACAACUCCAUAUGAGUCUUUGAGAAGUCUCCAACUCAUGGUUUCUUAUGCAACUGAAUUCAAAGUUUCUAAGACCAUUACGGGCAGCCUGAAACACAAUGAAAAUGAAUUGAUGGGCCUCAACCUGAAUCAGUAUUUUCUGAAUAGCAAUGACUUUGGGUUUACAUUAUACGCAGAUGCUUAUAACAGAAGACACGAACGAAUUUCAUUGAAUUUGAAAUACAUAGUCAAGUACGAUGACCUAUUGCUUAAUUUGGGAUUUAAAAUGGCUCCGAGAAUUUCAUUAAGCAGUUUCUUGAAGAAAUGGAGCACAAAGCAAUUUCAGUAUUCCUUAAAACUCAGACUAAAUGAUGAAGUAUACAAAGCAGGUAUUUCGAUUUCAGACAAAACCGCAAAUUCUAAAGCUGUAGAUAUUUCAUUAGCAACGUCUAACAUCAAGGUUGUUGUUGUCUGGCUUUUUAAUAAUGAUAACAAAGAAGUGUCUCGUGUCACCUACCAAAUUGCUUAUGAUGGCAUUUUCUUUGUUCUCUCAGGUUCAUACCUGAACCAGUUAGGUGAAGAAAGAGUAAACAUCCACAUGAAAAUCUUUCAUCUGAUAUAUAGGCUAUUCAUAAUCAAUUCAAAAGAACCAGGUAAAUCAAAGAAAUUGGAUUUUGAGAUUCAAAAUCAUUCACCAAUAAAUUCAGAAAUGAAGACUUGUAACUUUGGAGAAUGGUCCAAAAUCCACAUAGUUCUUAAUUCCAAUACUGGUUUGAAAGAUCGACAAAAUAUAAGUGCUAUGUUCAGCAUCAACUCUACUUGCACUCAACAUUUCAUUGUCUUCUAUGAGUUCUCAGAGCUGAAUGAAUAUGAAAAUAGGAAAUCUGUUCAUGUCACAUGUCCAGACCACGGUCUGUCGGGAACUGUUGUUGUUGACUCAUCAUACAUGCCAGUUCUUAAGACUGACAUUCAUCUCAGUCUCGAUACGCGUCCACACACAACAAAAGGCAUUGAACCUCUAAGAGAACAUCACCACAGAUCCGAUAAUCUUGUAGACAGUAUAAAGCAACAGUCCAGUGAAACAAAUAUCUUGUUUGUCACUGCUGAGUGGAUUAGCAAUCAGGGGAUCAGGGUUAAAGGUGAUUUUACAAAGCAGAAGCAAAGUGUUUACUUCCAUCAGAAUUCCACAGCCACUACCUUGUUUCUUUACUUUGAUGACAUUAACACCAACAUGACCAACAACAAAGCAAAGAGAUCGGGUUUGAUAUCUGGUCAAAAAAGUAGCGAUCGAUUUGCUGUCAGCCUCAAAAACGCUUACCUGAAACUAAUUCAGAUCCACCUUCCAGACAAAUCAUCCUUAUUUAUUUGGGUCAAGAUACCUCAAGCAUCUCCAAGAGCAAUGACCUUAUCUCAAGACAUCAAGAUGCUUAUUGGGGAGAUGCGUUUAGAUUUUGGUGAUGUUCUUAAGAUCAUGUUAAAAUUCACAACUCCCAGUCGCACCAUUCAAGCUAGUGGAACAUUUGAGAAUAAACAGAGAAACCCACAAAGUUUUGAUGCAACUGUUAUAUACUAUGGUGAAAACAACAGCAAGAAAUUCCUCCUGAAACUGAACGGAGAAAAUAGUUCCAAAAUGAAGAGACUUGGAAUAUCGGUCCUUUUUCCUCAAUCCAAAAAUCAAGUGAAAUUAAAAGUGAGGCUGAGUGGGAGAGAACGCAACAUCUUGAUGAGUGGCAAGGCAGUUUUUACAUUAAGCAGGGAAAAAGAUGGUCCAAUGACACUUGUCUUUCAUUCUAAACUAUUUGAAACCAAUGGCAAAUACAGACUGGCUGUGCUUUCUGAGAACUUAUACACUGACAUGUUUAUCAAACUAGAGUCUUUUAUUACCCUGGCCCCUGGCAUCUAUGACUUGGAGCUGUAUUCCUCCCAUGUAACCCAACGGAAAGAGAUGACAAGGUUGAAGAAUCUGAAGAUGUAUUGGUCAGAAAAGAAGUUUCUCUUUCAGAUUUUAAGCCCAAAGAAGGAAAUUAGUCUUACUGCUUCUGUUGACGCCGAGGGGACAUACCAAAUUAUGGUGCGACGGUUGAAGAAGGAACCCCUGCGAGAAGACCUUUUGAUGGAAGGAACCUUUGACACAGCCGCUUGUAGCUUCAAUAUGAAACUGAUGCAUGACCCAGAUAAUGUCACCAAUAUGUAUAACAUGAUGAUCAAUUUUACCAAAUCUGGUGUCCUUUUUAUGGACAAUAUUAACACUGGCCCAUUCAGUUCCAGCAGCUCCAACGAGGCUCUGUUUGAACUGCGACCCGGAGAUAUCCUUUAUGGGGAGAUGAUCUGGAAACCAAAUUUCAUCAAAGAUAUAAGUAAUUAUUUUUCUCAAGCUCUUAAAACUUGUCAUAAAGAAUUUCAGUCAACAGGACAACAAAGUAUUCGAAAUAUUGCAAUGUCCUUCUGGGACAUUGUGAAGCCCAUUAACCAAGCCAUUCAUACUGAAGCGAAACCCCUCAUCCCAUACAUUAAAGCUGAAUUUGAAAAUGCCCACCGUGAAUAUUCCAUCUAUUCCAAGAUACUUGUGGAUCACUACAACAACAAUUACCUCUAUGUGAAGUCUUUCCAAAAUGCGAUGUGGAAAGUAUAUGACUAUUUGAAGGGUGGACUUUAUGGUCAGCUCCUUCAGUAUCGAUCACGGGUGUGGUUUGAGAUGGUGAAAAUAUGGGAAAUUUGCCAACAGAUAUUCCAAUAUUUAUAUGACCAAUAUAAGAUGACAUCUACAUACAUGAGCAAGACCCUUACACACCACCUCCAUAGAAAUCAUAGCCAUUAUAUUGAACUGGUCAUGGCUGCAGUGAAUUACGUGAAACAGAAUUUCUAUAUAAAUGACAUCACACAUUAUGUCAAACAUGAAUUUGGUCCAAAACUCACCAAGUUUUUUAUGGAUGCUUUUGAGCUUGUCUUUGAGAAUGGAAUUCAAAUCAUGGAAUAUGUAACUGAUCGACUAGUCUCAAUCCUGGCACAGGCUAGAGACUAUUUCCAAUCAUACAUAGAGUUACCGAUCAUCAAUGCAUUGUUUGAUAUCACCAAAGAGAUUUAUUAUGAGACGAUAUCAGCAUGCAGCGAUAUAAGCCUCAAAGAAAGCAUACGUAAAUCAGUGAGCACAAAACUGUCGUCCAUGAGAGACACCCUAACCAAUUUCAGUAUGACCCCAAACAUCAUAAUACAAAAGUCGGGUCAUAUUGUAUUUGAAGUGAAAUAUUAUGUGUUUACAAUACCAAGCAAUAUAGUACAAUUUGGCAGAGAUUUCAGCAGCCAGGUUAGAGAAAGGGCCGUGGGCAUUUACAGAAGAGCCAGAAAUUUGCUGGGAUCUGAACUCACAUUCUGGGAUUUAUACUAUGAGAUGAAACCUUCUGCUGAUGUAGCAAACUGGUUUCCACCAUUCAAAGCUCAUGCAGUUCUGUUUGGCGGCCAGCACAUCACAACAUUCGACCGGCUCCAUUAUGAAAUCAAAGCCAGAUGCAGCGUCGUGUUGUCCAGAGACGUGGUCAAUGGUACGUUCACAGUGAUAGCCAAUUACCAAUUUGACACUCCAGACCGUCAGCCGUCUUCGGUCACUGUGGUCACUGACCAUGAUGAACACGUGGAAAUCCUACAAAAUCAAAAGGUCAAAGUUGGUGGCAUUGAGGUGAACCUUCCAAUGACACUGACCAGGGGCAUUGUGUUCCGAACCCAGGAAGCUGUGACUUUGGAAAGCUCCAGAGGGUACCAAGUGACAUUAAAUUUUGAGACUAAUCUUGUGGUAGUUGAGAUCAGUGGCUGGUACUUCAAUAAGGUCGCUGGGCUCUUUGGCACAUACAAUAACGAACCACAUGAUGACUUCAACCUUGUGACUCAGGAAGAAAGGGCUCUGGAACUCAAAGCAGGACCAGGAGCUGAUUUAGGUUCUUCUGGAAAUCUGGAAACGUUUGCCAUGUCAUGGACAGUCUCGGAAAACUGUAAGUCUUUACUGCCAUUGCAAAUUAACCAAAAUAUGAUCAUCACCCCAGAUAAGAAAUAUGACGUGACCAUCAAUGAUGGUGAUGACAAAUGGAAUGGCGAUGGAUGUGCUCAUCUGUUUUUGCAGGAAUCCUCCCAGUUUCGAAACUGCUUCAAACAGGUAACACCUGGCUAUUUUUACAAGAUGUGCACCUCAGAUGUGCCUGUAGACACAUUAAGAACAUCCUCAGCAGCUGGAACGCCAAGCAAGGACAACUUGUGUGCAGUAUCAUCACUAUACAUCAGGGAAUGCCAAAAACAAGGAGUUCCGCUGACCAUGCCCAUGGAAUGUUUGUUCUGUCUCACCAGCAAUGAAACUAAAGUCCAGCAAGGGGACUCUGUGAGUCUCAAUCCAGUGCCCGCCCCUUAUUCUGCAGACAUUAUUAUUGUUCUCCAGGAAACAAAAUGUAACUCUGAAACUGGAUCAAAGCUUCCACAAAUAAUUGGGAACCUUAACUUUUUAUUGUCAUUGAUAAAUUUCAGUAACACCAAGUUUGGUUUGGUUGGUUUUGGUGGUAACUACACGGCCCCUGUCUACACGCGCACCUUCUAUGGCCAGACGAUGAGCGACAGCCUCAAAGUUAGCGAUGUGCUAUAUGAGAUCAACUAUGAAACUGACCAGCGAGAGCAGCCACUGGACAUUAUGCAAGCUCUGACCAGAGCCUUGCACUAUCCAUUUCGUGCGGGUGCAAUGAAGGCCAUUAUACUGGUGACGUGCAGCAGUUGUCAAGAUAAUAAUGUGGUCAGCUUCGAACUCAAAGAAGCCCUGCGUGAGCAGGAUGUUAUCCUUCAUGUUUUGGCUGAAGAAAACUUCAAAUCAGUUGGGAACAUCAGCCUUGAGAAGGCACAUAUAUAUGGGGCAAAUCAACGCAAUAUCUACCCAAUAGACACCAAUAAGUUCGCAAACGUUUCCGGUCACCAAAUUGUCCCCGAUGAUAGUUGCGCACAAGAAGCUAUUCAUUCACAAGGAUCAUACUUCAACACCAAGAAACUGAAUAAGGUGACUACAAGCCGAUCUUUCAUGCAGACCUUCUGCGCAUACAUAGCUUUGUCUCUGAAGCAGAACUUUUGUCAAAAUUGUCAGUGUGUACCAAGACAGGAAGGUUACAGAGGCCACUUUCUGUGCCACAGAUGUCCCCAAUUGCCACAUGACAUUGUGGAAGAGAUAAUCAUCACUUAGACAGUAAAUGAAGUUCUUGUGAAUGCCAUUACUACACAUACAAUUAUCCUGGACGCAAUAUCAUUUCUUUUUCAUGAUUCAAUAACUUAUCACAUUUGCUGGGCGAUUUCCAAUGAAAAAGAUGAGGAAUUUACUUGAAAACCAAAAAAGGAAACUGAUUAAAUAAAACAAAGACGAAUAUCAAA